UGAGCACGAGAGCUGAGAGAAAAGAAACAGGCAGGGAGGGCUGACCUUGAUGCUACUGACGGUGGAGCGGCACAUCCCGCUGCUUCCUGGAAAGCGGCCCGCAGGACAUUUUUCCCCCUGGAGGAAGGAAACGGGAGGGCGCCGGCCGGGCGGCGGCGGGCGCGACGGCGGUGGUCGGGGCGGGCUGUGCAGCCUCUUGCGGGGACGGUCCGAGGACUACAUCUCCCAGGCUGCUCUGGGCCGCCUUGCGUCGUGACCGCGGCGCGCACUGAAGUGGUGACUCUUACCUCACAGAGGUAGCUCCUCCGCCGGCAGCAACUCGGCGCCCGCGGUCCAUGGACCGGAACCCUGGGCCGACGGGCAGGAACCCGGGCCGCGAUCGCCGCCUCCCCGCCCCAGGCUCCUCCUCCUCGCUCCCCACCGCCUCCUCCCGACGCCCGCGGGCCGCGCACAGCCACCGCCGGGCUCGCGGAGCCGCCCCGGGAGGCUGGGUGGGGGGUUCGCGGCUGCCGCCGGACUGAGGCCUACUCCGCCGCCUCUCAGUGCUAUUGUCCCUGGGCCCGGCCCUGACCGGGCCCACUGGGGAGGCGAGUGCGCCGCCUCCGACGAAGAUGCCGGACCAAGCCCUACAGCAGAUGCUAGACAGAAGUUGCUGGGUGUGUUUUGCCACUGAUGAAGAUGAUAGAACAGCUGAAUGGGUGAGACCAUGCAGAUGCAGAGGAUCUACAAAAUGGGUUCACCAGGCUUGUCUGCAGCGCUGGGUGGAUGAAAAACAAAGAGGAAACAGUACAGCCAGAGUGGCAUGUCCCCAGUGCAAUGCUGAAUACUUAAUAGUUUUUCCAAAGUUGGGUCCAGUUGUUUACGUCUUGGAUCUUGCAGAUAGACUGAUCUCAAAAGCCUGUCCAUUUGCUGCAGCAGGAAUAAUGGUUGGCUCUAUCUAUUGGACAGCUGUGACUUAUGGAGCAGUGACAGUGAUGCAGGUUGUAGGCCAUAAAGAAGGUCUGGAUGUUAUGGAGAGAGCUGAUCCUUUAUUCCUUUUAAUUGGACUUCCUACUAUUCCUGUCAUGCUGAUAUUAGGCAAGAUGAUUCGCUGGGAGGACUAUGUGCUUAGACUAUGGCGCAAAUACUCAAAUAAACUACAAAUUUUGAACAGUAUAUUUCCAGGGAUUGGUUGUCCUGUUCCUCGAAUUCCAGCCGAGGCUAAUCCUUUAGCAGAUCAUGUCUCUGCAACCCGAAUUUUGUGUGGAGCCCUUGUUUUUCCUACUAUUGCAACAAUAGUUGGUAAACUAAUGUUCAGUAGUGUUAACUCUAAUUUACAAAGGACAAUCUUGGGUGGAAUUGCUUUUGUUGCCAUUAAAGGAGCAUUCAAGGUUUACUUCAAACAGCAGCAAUAUUUACGUCAGGCACACCGCAAAAUUCUAAAUUAUCCAGAGCAAGAAGAAGCAUAAAACUGUGACUUCUCAUUGUUCUGCAGUCCUCUCAUUCUUAUGAGUCUGUUGUGUUGUUUUGAUUCCAUCAUUAAUGCACAGUAGUGGAGACUUGCGAUAAGCUGCUGCUCUCAUAUUUUUAAGAAGUAAAAUAAAGCACUUAGGGAAGGGGAAACCCUCUCAGUAAUCACGGAACCUAAGGAUGUGAUUUGUUUUCAUUGUUUUGUAUGUACUUCUUUUAUGGCAGUCAUCUGAACCAUUAUCUUAGCAUGGUGAACCUGAGUUUUGUUCAUAUUUUCUUCAGACAGAAAUGUAAAGAUCAAACUGUGCAAAUAUUUAAAAAUGCACAGGCUGUUUUAUUCAAAGGCCUCUUUUGUACAUGUUCAUGUUCAGUGUUUUCUUAGAAUCAGCAAUUCAAUGAAGGUACUAUGAGGAUUUUUCUCACUGGCAUAAUUUGAUUACAAGCUAAACAGGAGUAUAUGUUAAUAUGAGGAAAUGUAAAUUAGUUAUACAUAAUUAACAAACCAAAAAUGUAUGUAAACAUUCAAAUGAUUAUCUGAACAAAUGCAAUUUUGCUGUGUUUUUCUUAACCCAUGUGAUAUCCUCCAAAACGUGUAGGGUAAAAAUUCACAGGGCUUCCAGAUCACUUUUUCACUAUUAAAUUUUAUUUAUAUAAUGUUGACAUCUCAUAGUUCAUAUUGUAAUUUUGACUUAUGCAGUCUUAAUUACUGUGUGUGUGUGUGUGUGUGUGUGAGUGAGAGAGAGAGAAAGAGAAAGGCAGAGACAGAGACAGCGACAUCAGGUCCUUCCAUCACCAGAGUAAGGUUUUUAAAUUCGUGUUUCUAGAAAUUAGAACUGCCAGUUUAUAGUAGUUUGAGCACAGAGAACGAUUUGCAAAAAAUAAAGUUAUUUUCCUCUCCUUUCUCAUCGAUUCAGUUAUUCAGGUGUUUGUUGAUCACCUCCUACUUCCCCAGGCACUAUGCAAAGUGUUGUGGGGAUACAGUGGUGAACAAGACAGACUUGGUUCCUGCUUUUAUGUAGUUUACAGUCUAGUUUCAACAGGUAGAAAACCAGCAGUGAGUAAACCAAGGUGAGGCCUUGAGCUCUUUGUUUUUAUACCAGUCAGUGAGGAAAUAAUUAUGAAAACAAGUCUUGAGUAAAUAUUAAGGUCAUUGUUUUUGUCAAAUUAUAAGAAAAAAAACCAAUACUAAUAUUUUAAAUUUAAAUUGCUUGUCAUACUGAGGAGGCUAGCACCUUAAUAGUCACUGUUUAACUAGUUUUAUAUUCAUUUUUCAAAAGCAAUUAUUUAUUUUAAGCUCUUCAGUAGUGACCCUUUUAAUGUUCAGCGAUCUGGUCUUGGAGUGAUUUUCAUCAAUUAGUAUUAAGUUUUUUAAAGAUAGUUCCAAAAACCCUAUUUAUUUUCUUGUUCACAGCAUCUAAUGCAUGGCAAUAUGAAUGUUCCCCCUUACUGAUAAGUGGCCACUUCUCUUUAGGAUUGUAGCAAGUAUAGAUUGAGCUAUGUUAGAUUACAGUAGUAUAUGUUAACUUCAGUAAUUUAAGACUGGUACCUUUCUAUAGUAUGAAUGUCUUAAUUUUGAGUUAUAACAUGAAAUUUAUGUGAAUGGCUAUUGAACAUUCAAAGUUGUAAUUACUUGGGGAGGAAGGGAAUAUUUGACUGACAGUGAGCCUUAUAUUAAGAUCACUGCUACAGUUCUGAAGGGGAGAUAUAAAACUAUGAUUAUAUAUAAAAAUAACAGAUUAUAUAGCUGUGCUUAUAAAAUAUAUUGGCUUUCUUAAAUUUUCAAUAUGAAAAGACAUACUGGAUAUUUCCUGCAUAAUUCUGUUAUGUAGAACAGCUUUUAGCAGCCUUUACUAAAGUUACACAAGCACACAGUUCCCCAUUUAUUACUUUAUGCCCAAAAUGGGGGAAUGACUGCUUGGAUUUGUUUGGCAUCAGGGCUUGUGAGGGCCAGAGAAACAACUCUAAUCCUUUAGGGGCAGGGAGAAGGAGUUUUGAGGGCUGUGGGGAGGGAACUGCAAGUGCCUGGGGACCAGAGUAGCCUCAGCCCUGGAAUUGAACACAUUUAAAUCUAAAGAGCCUUAGCUCAAGAAGUACCAGGUACCAGCCUCUUCAGAAAGUGUCCUGCACCACCCUGAAUCAACAAAAGCAUGGGCUGACUAAAGUUGGGUGGACCUAGGUUCAGAUCCUAAUUCUGCUUUUAAUAACUAUGUAUGACUUUCAUCAAGUGACACCUUGCUCUCAGCUACAGUUUUCUUCAUCUCUGAAAUACAAAUAAUACUUAGAAGACUGUUUCUAGGAUUAACUGAGAAAUGAAAGAAACAGAGAGAGGCACUUUAGCUAAGCUCAAAAUAGCCUCUACAGAGCAGUAGUGUCUUAAUUGCUGAACACUAGGAAAAGGGAACGAGGCAGUAAACGAGAAACAUUAGGGGACAGAUUAAGACUUUUGGGAUGGGCAGGUAUAUUUGUGUUUUCCAGUUUAUUUUCACGUUUCUUUACUGUGUUAUUUCUAUAAUGUUUUAAACCUCUUUUAUAAAAUUCAAUGACAACUAGUAGAAUUCUCUUCUUUGCAGAAUUUAACUUAUCUCCAAAGUGGCAGAAAAUAUUGUUCAUCAUUAAAUGAUUAUCAAAUGACUGUGAAGAAUAUAAAAUUAAACUGAGUGACUUAAUUAGUCACUGCCUUGCUAACUGUGCUGUAAUUUUUUUAAACGUCUUGUUUUUAACAUAGCAGACUAUCUCAACACUGGCUGGAUUAGGUUAAAUAAAGAAUUUUUAUGUCCUCUA